UUGAUCCCUGGUACAACCCCCCCCCCCAAAAAAACACAAAAAACAAGACAAAGUGACCUGGAGACCAUGUGUAGGCCAACAAUGACACCUCCAGGUGCAUGGAAACUCCCACAGGUAGACUCCCUUGGCUGUAGAGUGACCAAAGUCCAAGGACCAGAGUUUGGUGUGAAUGUGAGUGGUUAGGUACAUUGUUGAGGGCCUUUUAGGUGCCAGGGACUGCUCUGGGACUGGGAGUAAUGCAAGGAGCAAAGAAUGGGUAUCUAAACCCUCCCUGCUUAGAGCUCAGUAAGCACCCUUCCUUUCUUGGGGUAGCCCAGUUACAGGCCCUGAGGAGGCUGGGGACUCUGAGCUGGGUGGGCCAGACCUCCUCCUUUCUCAGGUAGAGGCUUUCUGGCUGCCCUGAGGAGGCUUUCCUGUUGUCCCAAGACACUGGUUCUUCAGCUGGCUUAGGCUAGAGUCAAUGUGUGAGGGACUCUGCAUUUGGAGGAUGGGCUGGUGGUCUUGGGCAUACCUACUUUGUCUGGAAGUAGUCUCUCAUUUUUGGUACCGAGUAGUCUCAUUUUUGCUGAGAUUCCGGACUAGGGCCAUGGACAGCUGAGAAGCCAGGGCCUGGUGUGUGCACCAACAAGCCUCUGCCAUUGACGGGCAUUUGGCCUUAACAUGGGGUGAGGUUGACCCAAGCUACCUGACCUGAGGUUUUUCUUCCCCUUGCCUCCACCCUAGUUUUACCAGGAGCUCCUCAAUUUUUUGUUUUCUGAAGGAGGGCGAUGUGCCCCUCUCCUGAAGAUGCCUUCCAACCCGCGCUGGGCCAGCUGCCAGAGGCCCGGCCUCUCAUAUCCGGCUCUCCUCCCACCACACUCACUAGAGAGCCAACAUCUGUCUUCUCACCCACUAAGUCUUUGUCAAGCCCCUCCUCUUUCAGAUCCCUCCCCCACGCACAUCCCCCGUUUCCCAUCUAACUGUCCUAGCUGUGGGAGAGAAGCCAAAGCCUGUUGGGGGGUGGCUCUGGCCCGCUUCUAGUGUGACCCGGCCUCCCUGACAGUCACUCGGGAGCCUGGCUAUGGCCCAGGGCCUGCAGGGUUGGGCGCUUUCCCUGUCCCUCGGGACCCUGUUUCUGCUGGCUCCUGUGUAUCCCAUCCCUCGCGAUAGGGUGUGCGUUCCACAAAGUUGGGGACUCGACCUCCUCCCAGGGUCCCUGCAACACAAGUCCCAAGGAGCCACCCGCCGAGAGGAUCACCAAAGGCCAAACCCCACCGGCUCCGAGCGGAGUCUGACGGCAGCGCAGGCUGACUAGGGCACCGCUGGUCGGAACCUGGGGUGGGGGUGGGGCCUGGGUGGAGACCGGCGGAGCGAAACGCGCGACGGACCAGGAGCGCGGGACGGGCCCUGUACAACUUCCGGUAUCUCGCCACCGCCUCCGCCCCAUCUGGUGUUGCCACCACGGUCCCUGGUAGGCGCGGGGUGGACAGGGUAGGGAGGGAGGCACCCUCCAGUUCCAAGCUGAGAGCCAGGGAGGAACAUUGGGCGGGACGACCCUGAGCUGCAAGUGCACCCAUGGAGCACGACGACCCAGCCGAAGCAUUGACGGAGCUGCGUGAACGGCGGCUGAGCGCGCUGGAGCUGCUUCAGGUUGCUGCUGGAUCGGGACUAGCCGCCUAUGCUGUGUGGGCGGUACUGCUUCAGCCUGGUUUCCGCCGGGUGCCGCUGCGGCUGCAGGUGCCGGAUGGGCUGGCCGGACCAGUAAUAGUGCCCUACAUAGGUGCGAGCACCCAGCAAGUUGAGCAUGUGAUAUCGCUGCUUCGAGGCCGCCCGGGAAAAACAGUGGAUCUGGGUUCUGGCGAUGGCAGAAUUGUACUGGCGGCCCACAGGUGUGGGCUCCGUCCUGCUGUGGGGUACGAGCUGAACCCGUGGCUCGUUGGGCUCUCGAGGCUGCAUGCCUGGAGGGCUGGCUGCAUGCACAGCGUCUGCUAUCUCCGGGAGGAUCUUUGGAAGGUCAGCCUGAGGGACUGCUACAAUGUGUCUGUGUUCCUGGCCCCCAGUGUGCUCCCGUUCUUGGAAGAUAAGCUGCAAGCUGAGCUGCCCACAGGGGCCCGUGUGGUAUCUGGGCGCUUUCCCCUCCCCACCUGGCAGCCUGUGGCUGUGGUGGGUGAAGGCCUUGAUCGAGUCUGGGCUUAUGACAUCCAGGGUGAUGGGCCACCUCUGUCUUCUUGGGAGGUACCUGUCAAAGCCACCCCAGGAUCCAGCUCUACCUCAGUCCUUAAGGCUCCCAUUUCCCAAGCUAGCUGACCAGACACAAUAAAGACUCCAUGGGUCUCA